CAGUUGCUUCAGGGGUUGAACCUCAUUCUCGUAUUGUCCACGGCGUUUAUGACCUGGAAAGGGUUGUCUAUUGUGACCAAUGCCGAGUCGCCGAUCGUGGUGGUUUUGACCGGCUCUAUGGAGCCUGCCUUUCAGAGAGGUGACUUGUUAUUCUUGUGGAACCGGAACGCGAGAAAUGCCGUUGGUGACGUGGUUGUCUACAAUAUUGAGGGAAAGCCUAUCCCAAUCGUCCAUAGAGUCUUGAGAGAACACCACAACGACAAGAAGCAAUUCUUACUAACAAAGGGUGACAACAAUCCGGUUGACGAUUUGGGCUUGUACAAAAGAAAGCAGCAAUAUCUUGACAAGGAUAAGGAUAUUAUGGGGACUGUUUACGGUUACAUGCCUAGGGUCGGGUACGUGACCAUUUUAAUCACCGAGAACCAGUACUUCAAGUUUGGGCUUUUGGGAUUGUUGGCCUUGAGUUCACUCUUCCAAAGGGAGUAAAUGAAGAUGUCUUCUUUCAAGCGCGUAUUUUUUUUUUU